ACCACUCCCAAACACGCCCUCCCCAUCUCUCUCUCUCUCUCUCUCUCUCUCGCUAGAAGCAAGCAGUAGUGGUAGAUCUUGUUUAGCAGCGCAAAUCUAGGGAAUUUUUAUCUCAGAAAAACGUACUAAAAUACGAAAUCUGAAAUCUGAUCCUCUGUAAUCGUUAACCUGGAUUUGUUCUGCUAUCUUCUCCUUCAACCUAGGUUUUGCUCUUAAAUUUGUCAUCUUUUUGUUUUGGGUUUUGUAUUUUUUUUGUUGGUUUAUCUCAAGGGGGCUUGAAGUUUGAUUUAUUUGUUGUUCUGAGGUGUUUCUUGUUGCUUUCUUGGACGAUUAUAUAUAAAAUGAAGGGUUUUGUCUGUUUUGGUCACAUGAAUUAGGGUUUUGAAUUGGAACUUUUGUUGUAGUCAUUUUUAAUAUUGUGGAUUCGGUGUGUUCUGAGUUGUGAGGUAUGGGAUAAUUUUAAUUUGAUUUAAUCAGGCUCAGUUUAGUGAUGAGCUUUGCUUUGGUAGACCCGCAAAAUGAAAUUAUGUUCAUUGCUAAUUUUGAUUUGUUUUCUUCGUACUUUCCUCAUUAGCCAAACUGGGUUUCUUUGUGUGAGUGCUUAUUCUGCAAAAAGUGACUUCUUUCAAAGACAUCAAUGUUGGAUAAGAUUCAUUCGACUAACUUUGGAAAUAUUUUCCUUUUAUUUUUGCAGUGGAAUUUUGGGACCAUUUACUAUUGACUUGGUAUUGAAGAAGUAAAAUCAAGAUGCCGUGGACGUCUUCUUUUGUGAAUUACAGCAGGAACUGUGUUCGAUUAGUGGUGUUCUUCCGCGUCAUACUGUAGUUUCAUUCAUUUUGGUGAAACUCUUUGGUUUUUGAAGUUCUUUUAUUUGGGGAUCUUAAAAGGUGGUUGCAGGAGUGAGAAUGAACAUUGGGGUAACCUUUAAGAGAUAUCGAGCUAUUAAGGAAGUUGGGAAGAUUAUAAUGAGUGUUGGGGUUAUUGCCUACUACCAACUGAUGCAAGUUUGUCAGGCUGAAUACUUCCGUCAGUUGCUUAAACCUGUUACGUAGUAUAGUUUCACAAACCCUCUGGACUCUGGGAUUUGGGAUAAACUGGACCUCCGGCUGUAUUCAUACGUAAGAAGGCAGUUGUAUUGAUUCUGGUUGCUUUUGAUUGAGAAUAGGCAGCUCUCCUGUACCAGAAUGGCGAUAACUUGAUUUUCAUAACAGUCCUUGUAGUAUUUUGCAAACGUUCAUCCAGUCAAAAGUCAAAGAAUCUUAGACUUUAGGUGAAUCUCUGUCUAUUCAGCUUUAACUACUUAGGAUUUCUGAUGCAGAGGGACCAACAGUUUGACCCCAACAAGGCAGCUCCCCACUUUGCAAAUCAAGUGGGUAAUAAUUACAUGCAUAUUCCAGUUGCAUCUGCGCGUGGGGCAGUUUUACCUCAUGAGGCAAAGCACAUCAAACCUUUCCAUGGUGUUGAAUUUCAAACCUCUGACAUUUGCCCGAAGAAUUUCAUUAUCUUCGACCAGACUGAUCAUCGAAGUCAGAUAAUGUUCAAUCCAGCAAUUGCCCACAAAAUUACUGGUCCUGCCUUUAACAUCUGUGCAGCUUACAUCCAAGACAAUCUGGGAUUGAACGAGGGAAAUAAUGAGGAUAGAGAAACAUCCUCUUCUCUGAAGGAGGACUCAGAUGAUAUUGAUGCAUUGUUGAGCUUGGAAGAGGAAGAGCUGGAAGAAUAUGACGAGGAAGAGGUCAGUACAGCACGAACUCAUGGAAAUUAUGGGAGCAUGUCCCCUGAUUCUUGCUCCAAUUAUGGUUUGAAAACCAAGAAGAAUAGGCAAUGCUCUUCACUUGGAAAAUCUUCUGGCAUUGGUAGCAGCAGCUGCAACAGUGAAAGGAAGCGACAGAAAAUGAAGAAGAUGGUGAGGGUGCUGAGAGGGAUUGUACCUGGCGGGAAUGAAAUGAACACUGUCGAUGUUCUAGAUGAAGCUGUGCAAUACUUGAAGUCUCUCAAGGUUGAACUGCAGAACCUUGGAGUUGAGAAUUUGAAUGACUAAGCUUGAUCUUGAGCUAUGGUGCCAAUAGUUAUCCCUGAUAUUUGGUACUCAUAUUGGACCACUAAAUGUAAUGGAUGUGGUGUCUCUCUGAAUAUGAUUAUGGAGCUGUCUGGUGUGGCUCCUUGAAGUUGUAUUCUAAUCUUCUCUUUGAUUUGUAGUAUGACUACUCAGUUUCUUGUUUUCAGUUAAUUUUGUAUGGCAAGUUGCCGCUAUCGACUGCUAUACAACUAUGUGACUUUUUUCUCCAGCCUCGGGUUGGUUAAUAAAUCAAUUUCCUUAUGUUAGCUAUA